AUGCACGAACCUAACAGCUCGUCGGAACGGGAUGAGGCACCACCGCGUGCUCCUGUCAUUCAGACUCUCAUCCCACCGAUGACCUCGUUAAACAGCUCGUCGGAACGGGAUGAGGCACCACCGCGUGCUCCUGUCAUUCAGACUCUCAUCCCACCGAUGACCUCGUUAAACAGCUCGUCGAAACGGGAUGAGGAGCCAGCGCGCGCUCAUGUCUUUCAGACUCUUGUCCCACCGAUGAGCUCAAUAAACAGCUUGUCGAAACGAUACGAAUUGCCACUGCGCACUCGAAUCUCUCAGACUCUCCUCUCAUCGAUGAGCUCGCCAUUGAGCAGCUUGAACAUUCCAGAUUCAAGCAAAUCAGAGAUAGGAUCUCAGCCAACAGAGCGACUUCCAUCUCCACCUCCAUUGCUGCCAGGUCUCGAGCCAACUAUAUUUAGAUGGCCCGAAACCACGGCUCACAACUUGAACUCGCAUGCGGUGUCUCAGCUCGAAAAUCAGUCCAAUGAAAUUUUGAGUUCGCAGAACCCUGCAACAACUCAAACUCAAGUUGAGGAAAACUAUCAACAGUUUCCCGCAACAAACGAUCUAGUCGAUCGAGCUCAAAAUCAUAGAGUAUACGAUCCUACCGAUCUAGCUCAAUUGACGAAAGCAAAUAGCUCGUCAAAUCGAGCUCUAUCCUAUUCGAUUCCAUCUAAUCAGAUUCUUGUCGAUCCGCGAAACCUUUUGGACCGUGAAUCUUUCGAAAGGUUCCAGAUCCAAACAAACCUCGCAUUCCGGCAAGCGAACUCAACGUUUAACCAAACAAUGAGUUCGAUUCCGGAUAUCGACAAAGUAAUCAGGGAGACGCAACAAACUCCCUUCUCAUGCAGGAUCACUAAUACCUAUCUGCGCGAUACUUACAAGCUAUGUAUCCCGGAAUACUCUAGUAACAGCGAUUCACGAGCUUAUAUCCGAGCUCUUUAUCUCGAAAUUCUUCGAGCUCAAUUUUCUCCUGAAGAGAUAGAAGCAGCUUCCUGCAAACCCUUUGCUGAAAACCUAGCCGGACCAGCUAAAAAUUGGUUCGCAACGCUGGAUGAAAAUUCAAUCGAUACUUUCGACCAGCUCCUUUCGGUAUUCAUAAACCAAUAUUCGAUCUUCAUCGAACCAGAAGUUUCUGAAGCCGAUCUCUGGACGCUUUCUCAAGCUCCUAACGAAUCACUUCGAUCUUACGUCAACAGGUUCAAAGCAAUCAUCACUAAGAUCGAAAACCCUAACGAGGCAGUAGCUCUACUAGCCUUCCGAAACAACUUGUGGUACGAAUCGAAAUUCAGAGAAGAACUAAUCGUUCGACCUCCUGUAUCACUCGAUGAUGCACUUCGCUGCGCGUUAACCUUUGCUAAACCCUAA